CUGAAAAUAACCUAGCGGUGGAAAGCGGCGGUACUGAUAAAAGGAAAGUCAAAAGCGUGACAAUUUGCCUUCUUUCUGAAAAGAUGCUAACUGAGCAGGAAGAUAACCUUCAUGUCUUGGUUGAAAAACGUUUAAAAAUCAUUUUUGAUUUCUAAACCGGCGAAUUUUGUUCAUCACACCAGGUAAUAACUUGUCAUUAUAAUAAACUUAUAAACGUCAUAUGACUGCUUUUUCAGAAUGUAAACAUUGUAGUUUUGUCGGAGUUUUUUUUCGGUUCGCAGCGUUCAAUUUCUCCUUGUUAUAAGCUAAAGGUCUCAAAGUGUGCAUUCUAUGGGUGUGUUAACGAAAAUAAGUGCUUUUAAAAUGCCAAUACUGUAUUUUAUAACUGGGGGUCAAAACCGUCCAUUUGACAGCACUUUAAAUCGCCACUCAGACAAUCAGACAUCUCCGUGCUUAUGUAAAUUGAUAUCAGUUUUGGAUAUAGAUCCGUAUCUAUAUUUUUAUCUUUUAUUAGCAUUUGUUUUUAAUAAACUGGUUGUUGUGCCAUAAUUCUGCGGUUUUGUUAUAUUCGUUUGUAUCGUUAAACGUUGCAAUUUGUAUAUUAAUAUUGGUUGUUAUUGGCUUUGCUAUUGACAAAGGACACUUGGUUACCUGGCAACCCUACCAGUCAUGUCAAUUUUUUUAAUAUUACUAUUCAAUAUCCUGCAGUACUGAUGUUUGCUUGCAACAAGAAACCACCUGACAUUUCAAAACAGUAUGUUGCUUUACAAUUUUUUUUUGUACAUGGCCCUGUAAGCAGGAAAAUCUAAGCUUGUGUUGACAGUGUUGUGCAUAAUCUUAUUUGAUUUAUGUUGUGGGGUGGAGGGGGACCUUGCCAACUGCCAAAACCUUUCGAGAGGGGAGUGGAGUGCCUUACAAAACACCAAAAUUUCCCCCAAAUAUUCCUCUUUUCUACUGCAAAGCUUUCUUUGGGCAAAAAUUUUUCAGCUGCAAAACAGACAACAGAGGCCCACCAAGGGGUUAUGACCGACACAUUGCUUAAAAAGAGGUGACAGACUAUCUAAAAAAGAGUGACAAAUGACAGCUACUGACUGGGAAAAUGCGACAAGUUGCGAUUUGUGUUAUUGGUCAAAAGUGACAGCGACAUUUAUUACAAUAAAACAAGUGACAAAGCAGCUACAAAGUGAAUGACAAGUGACCUGGGUUACACCCUUGGUGGGGCUCACAACAAGUGGCAUAUCUAGUUGAUGGAAAAUGCCAGAAACAACCAGACCUUAUCAUCCCACCUUUCCAUUUUAGCCCUUCUACCCCCAUCUUCCCACCUCUCUAUUUUAGCGCUCUUACCACCCCCAUCUUCCCACCUCCAUCUUCCCACCUCUCUAUUUUAGCCCUCUCACCAUCCCUAUCUUCCCACCUCUCUAUUUUAGCUCUCUUACCACCCCUAUCUUCCCACCUCUCUAUUUUAGCCCUCUUACCACCCCCAUCUUCCCACCUCCAUCUUCCCACCUCCAUCUUCCCACCUCUCUAUUUUAGCCCUCUCGCCAUCCCUAUCUUCCCACCUCUCUAUUUUAGCCCUCUUACCACCCCUAUCUUCCCACCUCUCUAUUUUAGCACUUUUACCACCCCUAUUGUCUCACCUAUCCAUUUUAGCCCUUCUACCCCUAUCUUCCCACUUCUGUAUUUUAGCCUUCCCACCCCUAUUUUCCUACCUCUCCAUUUUAGCCCUCCUAACUUUAAUUCAAUAUACAUACUAUAGACAUAGUUACAUUUGGGUUAUAAUCUGUGGAUUAUACCAAUACAUACCCUGGAUUCCAGAGCCUUCGACAGUAAAUAAUAAAUUGAAAUGUCGCAAAGGCUCUGGUUCAACGGGGCGAUUCUUUGAUUAAGCCGCGCCAAUCACAAAACAGAAUUAGUGGUUUUAGUACAGAAGCCGCGCCAAUCACAAAACAGAAUUGUGAUUGGCGCGGCUUAAUCAAAGAAUCGCCCCGUUGAACCAGAGCCUUCGCGACAUUUCAAUUUAUUAUUUACUGUCGAAGGCUCUGGAAUCCAGGGUAACCAAUACAUGGCCAAUUUUAAAAAGCACAAGGGGUCAUGAUCCUGAAUAGAGUCAUAGCCUGAUAGCCAUAGCAUGAAAUGGCAUUCGUAUGACCGGCCUCUGAUAAGUAUGCUGCGUGUAAUUAUAGACAGUAGUUUCAAAAAAUUAUUUCAUUUAAUGAAAGCCAUCAUGUUGUUUUCUGGUCCUUAUAUGGUUAUAUUAUAUAAAUUGUCUCGAAAAUAUUAAUAUUAAUAUCAACGUUGCGAAGCAAUUAAGAAGCUGGCAGCCACUCAAAAAUAAUGCGAUUAUUAAUUCGUAGUUGUGGUCCAAUGCCAAUGACAUAUUUAGUCUAUAAGUACUUAAAAAUUUAAAUUUCAGUUACUUAUCUGAAAAUGAUUAAUAUCCUCAAAACUAUCGUAAGUUUCCACUAAAAACGUUCUCAUGAGAAACUAGAGAUAUUUUUACAGAAAAAAAAGAUGUUCACAUGAAUGAUCACAUUUAAUAUUCCGAAAUACUUCUGAUAGUUAAAGUGCGAUCGCCAUUGUUACAUACGCACAGCAGCGCCGGGUGGCAAAUUGAAAUACCAGUCGAUUCAAUAAUUACGCACAAAUUAUGCCAUCAAAAAACUUGCAAUUGCAUUGGAUGUGCUGUGGAACUCACCGCAGGCAUAUAAACAAAAUAUUUGUGAGGAAACCGUGCCAGUCGAAUACGUAAAAGCUAUUAGGAAGGUAUUAAAUUCAAGUACGUGGGCUGUACUGAACGAGUCUCUAUCACGAAAAUGUCAAAAGAAUAGAAAGACACGGGCAUUAAGAGUGCGAGUCUAUGUAGGCACCGCCAAAUACGGAUUAUUUUUGACGAAGUUGACGGUAUUAUUAUAGAAGCAUGGAAAUGCCGGAUUAAUAACGAGUAAGUGGCACGUUUCGUUUAUAGUUUUCAUUUCUUUCCAACUGUGUUUUCAAAGUAGAAUAAACCACAACAAAUGAGCUUUGUAUAUAAAGAUUACAGUUCCUAACAAUAUGAAACUGUGAAAGUGGUAAAUAGGUUACCCUGAGAGCAGAACAUAGGUCUGCAUGAAGACAUGCAAUUUUUAACGGUUGCGUGUUCAAUAGCAGGGACCGGGUCUAGUAUACUCAGCUGUAGGCAAUUGAUUUGAAAAUGAAGUCUUAGACUUAGACUCUCGUUAGCUUUACACGGCAACUGUAUACGUUUAAACAGUUUGCCUACACUGUUCGACCGGCUUCAUUUGACGACAUUAUCUAAUUGACAAUACUUGCCAUUAACUUGAGUAAAACCUUAAAUCGAUCCACAGAACUAGACAGAAGCUUUUAAAGGUUAUUUUUAAACUGAAUGUGCCAUUGCACGGGCUUAAAUCCUUAAUAAAAAAAAACGCGACUCAUCUGCGUGACAAAUCGCCGGAUCUCUAAGACUAAGUUUAGUCUACAUGAAGAGUGUAUUUCAGGAGUUUUAUAUUUUCCCCAGGUAUAUAGAAAUUUAUCCCUAUACUUUAUAGAGUUGUUACAGCACUCACCUUUCAUACUUUUUUUGACAUUUUACAAGGAGUAUACUAUAGCAUACAACAAAUAAUGCAGUUUGUACAUGAAUGAUUAAUCUUUAACAUUGUCUUUAAGUUUAACUGCAGAAUGUCGAAUCACACAUAUUUUUUUAGGGGCAGUUAAUUGAUGUUUCUUCCAAUUGUUUUACGGAUCAAGUGGAGACAAUAGUAGAUAAUUAAAGUAGAUAAGACUGUUUGGUGUUAUAUGUGCAGCAUUCUUGUGUACAAGUCGAACUCGCCAAAGCUAUUUUUUAUUUCUUCAAGAGUCUUAAACAUGCAGGUAGUCUUUAUAGCAGUUAAGAACCGGAAAUAGAUCUAUCAAAUGCAAACAAUGAUUAAUAUUUUUUCCAUUCACACGCAUCUAUAAUUUCAACAUGUUCUUCUUGGCAAGGAAAGUAAUUUAACAGGUCCGUUAUGAUACGAACACCAGGAUGAGUUUGCACUUUUUGUUCCCUGACGCAAGCUUGGAACAAUUAAUUGUUGCUAUAAUAAAUUUAUAAUUUGUAACAAAUUACGUCAAUGGGAAGAGGACAAGUCUUCCCAUCGCCAACUUUCUUACAAGUCUUCCCAUUCAUCUGUAUGCAUAAUCAAAUUGUUGAGAUCAUGAUGCUUGCAACCACGUGCGUAUCAGUGAGGGAAAACAAUACUAGGACUUCUUAGUGUUAACAACUUUAGAAACGCUGAUAUUAUCGUCAAGCUUAUGACAAGAUUGUUUAACACAACUUGUUUCAGACGUAUGUACAACUUUGGAACAAGUUUAGGGAAUAGGUCUAGUAUCGAGCGUGGGAAAAAUAUAUCGUACGAGUACCUUAAAAGUUUUAUCUUCUCAUGGUGAAAAUCGUAUAGCAAAAUAUUGCUUCAUCAUUCACAAGACAAAGGAGAAGUUCGGAUUUGACUUCCACUACGGCUGCCAUUAAGGAACCAUUAACCAAUCAGAUGCGUUUGAUAUAUCCGAUUAACCAAUCAGAUGCGUAUACCAAGUCAGUGAGAGAGAGUGGAAGUCAAAUCUGAACCUCUCUAAAAUUGAUAGUUGAUUUCGUCACCAUCAAGAAUAUUCGUAGUGGAUCUGAUAUAGUCUACUCCGCAGGCAGCCAUCGCAAUACACUUGAAUCUCAAUAAUUGAUAUGGCUGUGGAAGAGCGGUGCCGCGCGUUGGUCUGAUAUUUAGAUGAGAAUUGACGAGACUGCCUUGGUAGUCACGCAUUGUUACGGCGGAAAAUUUCAAGCUCUAUAGAUUAACACAUAAAGGUUUGAUGCGUGUAAUUGUAUAACUACAAUACAUGAUAGUGUUGGAAAAGUAUUAGGAACAGCUAACAAAGGUCGCAUGACUACCAACGAGUCAUUUUAUCAGGACUUAAUCUGAUGAUAUAUUCAAUAUUUUUAAGGAGUUGUAAAGCGAGAGAAUGGCCGAUGAGGAAGAUACAGACAGUCUGGACUUGAGAUGCGGAUGGCGCUCGUGGAAACCGAAGUUCAUGCAACAGUUUAACAGUCCAAAAUGGUUCCUCUUCUUUUUCACCGUUUUCUCGUGUGUCCAAGGUAAGAUAAGACAAAGAAGACAUGGAUGAACUUUAGUAGAGUUCGAUUUUGUAUAACCAGCUCUGUUUUCCUCGGCAGGCAUGAUCAUCAGCGGUUUCACAGCAGCUGGGCUAACGUCAAUGGAGCGUCGUUUUCAACUGACUAGUAAGCAAGCUGGGAUGAUCGUUGCGGCACAUGAUGUCUCCUCUUUGAUCUUUGUUGUAUUUGUAAGUUACUACGGUGAAACUAGACACAAGGCAAAGUGGAUCGGCAUCGGAGCACUGGUGACUAGUAUUGGCUGUCUUCUCUUUGCGUUACCCCACGUACUUGCGGGGAAAUAUGCUCCAAAUGAGAGCGUGAGGGAUACUCUUGAGAAGUCCUUGUGUUUUCCAAAUUCUAAUAACGUUACAACAUCAUGUGAGAAUCUCUCCGCCUCGGACUGGAAAUAUAUGUUUGUAUUUAUUGGAGCAAAGUUAGUUCUCGGUGCAGGCAUGACCCCGGCUUUUACCCUUGGUCCUGCGUAUAUCGACGAGAAUGUGUCCCCGGAGGUGGCCCCCAUGUACAUUGGAGUGUGGUUCAUUGCGACUUUCUUUGGACCUGGGGUCGGAUACCUCGCUGGUGGAACAUUGAUGAACAUUUAUGUAGACUUAAUACAGGUAUAGUUUGCUGUUUUGCUGGCAAGAUAUUCCGCAAUCACGUAAGCAAACUCUUAAUAUUACAUUUUCAUUACAGCCUCCUGACAUGGAUCUUACACCAUCUGACCCACGUUGGGUGGGUGCGUGGUGGUUAGGGUAUUUCUGUGGUGGUAUUCUAUUGCUCGUUACAUCCUUGCUUAUCCUUGCAUAUCCACGUGAGAUGCCUGGAACGAAGGAGAUUCGUGCUCGAGCUAUUCGCGACGGUAAGUUUUUCGCUUUAACUUAAAUUAAAUUUGUUCAUAGAUAUCUACAUCUAAACCUGUAUUAAAACGAUCAACUCCAAAAAUAGUCCGAAGUUGAGGCUGUUGAGCCAAAUUUAAAAGCUAUUCUGCCUUCCAUUUUCGUCCCCAGGCCACUAGUUUUGGUUCGCUUGGUUGUUCCCAGAUCUCCAUUCAAACGUUUGGCCACCUCCACAAAAUUAAAAUCUACAGACUUGACAUAAAGCUUCAUAUAUUUUAGGCAAAGUAAUGCAAAGCAACCAGAAGUUGCACGGCCGCAUGUCAGAAAUCAUCCCAGCUACAAAAUAUCUUGUGUGUAAUGCGGUGUACAUGUGCAACACAUUAGCCCUGACUGGCACAGGACUGGUGGUCACAGGCUUAGCACCAUUCAUAUCCAAGUUCUUACAGUCGCAGUUUGGCGCCAAUACGGCAGAUGCUGGCAUCUUUGCUGGAGUAGUAAUCAUCCCCGGUACCGCAGGCGGUAUCAUCCUGGGAAGUUACUUGAUCAAACGGCUGGACCAGCGGAUCGUGUGUAAAGAUGCUGCAAAGUACUGUCUCAUCUUCUCUUUCGUCGGGAUUUUUGGAACGUUGACGUUCUUGAUCCCCGGAUGUCAGACGACAGUUAUUGCUGGCGUGAAUACUCCCUAUCCGGAAAUGUAAGUGGUGUGGACCUUGAGCUUGUAGGAGGACAACGCGACCCGCACUUCUUCAAACCAGACCCUGCCUUUUUAGGAUUAACUCGUGCCCAAGUAGUAUAGGGAAUACUGCUGGUAGGAUUAACUCGUGCCGCAAGUUUGGCAUAGGAAUACUUCUUUCUUGAAGAGAAGCCCCUUCAAAGACCCUACCUUAUGUAGGAUUAAACUCGUGCCGCAAGUAGUAUAGGGAAUACUGCUGUCUUGAAGAGAAGCCCCUUCUUCAGGGUUACUUUCCAAUUCAGACUUGGGGUUCAGGAUCAAAUUUGUGCCCCCCCCCCCCCUUCUUUAGUUAUUUUCGGCGGUCCUAUUAAGAUCCACUACUACAACUUAGUUUGGUGGGGUUCUUUUUGGGAGGGGGUCACUGUGUUCAUGAUAGUUGUCUUGUACCCUUGAACUGUAUAUGCCAGUGUACGUAGUGCCAAAAGCAUUAACAAGCUUUCGUUGGUAGGAAUGCAACUACCUGAAAAUAUAAGGAGAAUUUCGACGUUUUGAGCGAAGACCCUUCUCGUUGGGCCCAGUCGAAAUUCUCCUCAUAUUUUUAAGGUAGUUGCAUCGCUACCGACGAAAGCUUGUCUUGUACCUUUGUUGCUUUAUGGAUCCACCUACUCCACUCAGGCAGCUAUCUCCCCAUUCUAUAUCAAAAGUGACAAUGGCACAAUGCUGUGGUUAAUUCGCUUCUCUUGCGUACAUUAUAGGACAAGACUUCAGAAUAUGUCGUCAUGUUACAGUCCCUGUAACUGUGUGAAAAUUGAUUAUAUUCCAACCUGUGGAAGAAAUAACAUUACUUUUUAUGACCCCUGUCACGCUGGCUGCUCAAUUAUGUUUGAGAACAAGGUAUAUUUCAUGUGGUAAACUACUUAAAUAAUAAUAGAAAUAGAGCUGUCACUGUGUGUAAGAUGCGAUCUUAAAACUCAAGAUGUGUUUCUUUUUAAUAGACGUAUUCGCAUUGUCGAUGUAUCGCAAAAGCAAUGAAUCUUUCGUUGUCCGAGAGUUCUGCUAAACCAGGGACUUGUGACAAAAAGUGCAAAAAUCUAGUACCGUUCCUAUUUGGAGCAUUUGUAUUGUUGUUUACCAACUUCAUCGUGGCCACACCCAAUAAGACUGUGGUAUUACGGUAAGUGUACUUUUCGUGGUAUUGGCUGUGAUGAUUAGUGAUGGUGGUGGUAACGAUGGUGGUUGUACUGAUGGUGGUGAUAGUGAUGGUACUGAUGGUGGUGGUAGAGAUAGUGGCUGUAGUGGUGCUGGUGGUACCGAUGGUGGUAUUGAUGGUAAUGGUAGUGAUGCUAGCGGCUGUGGUAGCGAUAAUGGCAACGGUAUUAAUCGUCACCUUAGUAAUGGUUUUGGUUGUCAUGGUAUUGUGGUGGCUAUGAUGGUUUUCGCGAUGGAAAGAUUGUUACAGUAUAUAGCAAGGCAGUUCAUGAUGGUGAUGGAUGAAGGUUAAGGUGAUGGUUACGUUGGUUCGAUUAUAUCCGGACUAUAAUGGUUCAGUGGUUAUGUAAGAUGAAUAUGGUGAUGGUAGUGAAAGUAUUCGCGGUGGUUUGAUGGUGGAAAUUUUUGGUCAUUGCUUUUGGUGACCAUGGUGGUGCAUAUUUCCUACAGUUAUGGUUAUGUUUUACAGAUCCGUACCAUACAACUUACGAUCGUACGCAUUAGGAUUUCAAUGGUUAAUCAUGUCCUCGCUCGGCUCAAUGCCUGGGCCAGUCUUAUUUGGCGCAUUUAUAGACAAGACAUGUAAUCUCUGGGAAGAAAGAUGUAAUGAGACGGGAGCAUGUCUUGAAUAUGAUAAUGCACAGCUUAGCUAUCUUAUUCUCGCUGCUGGAUUGUUAUUCCAAGGUAAGAAUAGGAUUAGCUUCACUGCAAUGAUCAUCCGCUAAACCUUUGUCGAUUGAACUACUAUGUGAGGAGGCCUAGCUCGUUUAGAACAAUUUACAAUAUUGUACUGUCGGCAUAACUGAUGUGCCCAGAUAGAACUCGUCUAUAAGCAAAACGAGUUCAAUGUCUUAAAUUUUAACUAUUUCGAACAAAACGCAUAAGUUUAUAGGACGUUAAAGCUCGUCAGCAAAAUCAACGAGUUCGAUCAAUAUUUCACAUCGGUGAUGUUUCUGUUAGCCUACGAAGCCAACAAACCUUGUCACAUGAAGUUUAAGAGAUAUUAAUUUUAUUACAGAAUAAUAUUCUGUAAUAUACCUCGAUCAAUCUAGUAUUAGAUACCAUCGAUCAAUCUAGUAUUACCCUUUAGUUAACUAAGUGUCUGAUGCUUCACAAAACAGCACUCCAUAUCUGUUAAAAUUGCCAUUCCAGAGUGUGUAGAUUAUAUAUACAUAGGCACUGCUUGUUGUUUACAGCCAUAUUUUUCAAUAAAUUGUCACCAUAAACCAGACUUAAAUAUUAACUGAAAUCUAGCGAGAAAAAAUGUAAAAAUUACUUAUUUUAAUGCUUGCUUUUCACUUCCAGUACUGGCGACCAUCUUGUAUUUCCUCUCGUGGUAUUUCUGUAAGUCCAACAAGCCAGCGGACAACGGAGACAAGAGCUUCGUCACCGCGGAUGACAAUCUAACAGACUUGGAACUACAGAGAAUCCAAGAAGCACGCAAUACGGGAUCUCCGCUCAUUCAAGUCCGCGGCCUGGGUUCUAAUGACGAUGACGUCAAAGACAUUCAUGCUAGUCAGUUGUCAUUAGUUUCAUUGACAGCGCGAGGUAUGGGUAAUGUGGCGAGAUAUCCAUCAGGCACCCUAGAUACCCAGUUGUGAUCCACCAGUCAAGGUCAAGGAAUACAAGUGGAGCCAAUGGACCUUUAACCUUAUAACUAAAAUUUUGAUCUAGACAAGUCUAGACAAAAAUUUCAUCACAGCUUGAAAGAGCAUCACAAAAUUAGUAAUAUUCCGAAGUUUCGUUGCGAAAUGUUGUAAAAUGCGGAUAAUAUAGCCCUGCGAAAUUU